AACAUUUGGCAUCUAAACAACUUUAUAUUACGAGCCACAACGUACAUGUACGGACCAGGGAGGCCGUUGAGAGCGUUGAAACAUAAGGAUGUGUCUUCCACGAUUACGGGGCCAUUCACCUAUAGAAAAUUUAGUAAGGUCGCUUUUAGAUAAAUAACGAAAAAUAAGGCGUACCUUACGUGCAGCGCAAAGGCAUUUUUCUCUUACGAUAUCUCUGGCAUCGCCCUGUAAUUCAGCUUGAGCUUCUUUUAGCUUAUUGUUGUUUCCAGUAACGAAAGUGAUAGGUUUUUUUGUUGUCAUUUUAUAUACGAUGCUAAUUGUUGGUGUGGCUAAGCUAAAAAUAAAAAUUCAAUUUAUUUUUAUUAUGGGCUGAUUUUUUUGCAAGGAUAGAAAAAAUUGUUUUAUUAUUAUUGCAUAACAAGAAGCUAAAUGCCUAUUUCUAGACUCGAGGCCAUUUCGCCCGUAGAUGGAAGAUACGGAUAUUUGGUCGAAGAACUGAAGCUAUUCUUCAGUGAAAAGGCUCUGAUGCGCUACCGACUUCGUAUAGAAAUUGAAUAUUUUAUUGCGCUUGUUUCCUUUUUAAAGGCGUCUGGACACAAAAUUUUGAUUGAUGUGAACAUCGACGUUAAAUUUUUACGGAAUCUUUACUCAGAAUCCAAUUUCAAUGCUGAAGAAGCCAAGAAGAUCAAGGAACUUGAAAAAGUCAUUAAUCAUGAUGUCAAGGCGAUAGAAUACUAUCUGAAAGAAAUUUUUUCUGAAACUCAUGACGAAAACUUGUCUAAAGCAUUGGAAUUUGUUCAUUUUGGUUUGACUUCCCAGGAUGUCAAUAACUUAGCCAUCCCCCUUGCUUUUAAAGAAUCGAUGGAAAUAUAUUAUCGAAAUAUAAAAUUGUUACUUGAUCUGUUAAAAGACAUGUCUAGAGAAUGGUUUGAUUUGCCAAUGCUUGCCAGAACUCAUGGUCAACCAGCUACUCCUACUUCUCUUGGAAAAGAAGUUUAUGUCUGGGUUUAUCGCAUCGAGUCUCAGCUCAAAAUCUUGGCUCAAAUUCCGCAUUCAGGCAAAUUCGGCGGUGCGACUGGACAGUUUAAUGCGCACUGCGCUGCCUUUAAAAACCUUGACUGGGUUAAGUUCGCAGAUAAGUUCGUUCAGGAUGUGGGUCUUCAACGUGAACUUUGGACCACGCAAAUAUCAAAUUACGAUAACUUGGCUGCGCAUCUUCACGGUCUUGAAAGAAUCAAUACCAUUUUAAUAGACGCUUGCAGAGAUUUUUGGCAGUACAUUCUCAUGGAAUAUUUUGGACAGAAAAUUAUCAAGAGCGAAGUUGGGUCUAGUGCUAUGCCUCACAAAGUCAACCCAAUUGACUUCGAAUGUGCCGAAGGCAAUCUUUUGAUGGCCAAUGCCAUUUUCAGUUUCCUAUGUUCUAAACUUCCCAUUUCUCGCCUCCAACGGGAUCUGACAGAUUCUACCGUCUUGCGAAACCUUGGCGUUCCGAUUGCUCACACCAUCAUCGCCAUAAAGGUAUUUAUAAAGGGCCUUAAAAAGCUCGUUCUGAAAAAAGAGCAAAUUUUAAACGAUUUAAACAAAAAUGUCGUGGUCCUUUCAGAGGCUAUACAGACCAUCUUGAAAAGGGAAGGGUUGCAAUUGCCUUAUGAAGCUAUCAAGGCACUAACGAGAACCGGCGAUCAAGUCACCAUUGAGCAGCUAAAUGGCUUCAUUGAAACUCUAGAUGUAUCUGACAGUGUCAAAAACGAACUGAAAGCCCUAACUCCAUCAAACUAUAUUGGCCAAUACCCUUCUAUGGAAUAACCUCAUUAUCUUCGAUGGGAAGCAUGCAAUCCGCGGCGAUAGAUCUGAACACGCAAUUACCAAAGCUCUGAAUUGGGUGAUGCGCAAGCUAAUAUAUUUGUAACGUAAAUUGUUAAAGUAUGCUGUUAAAUCGCCCUUCGCAGUAUUUCAAUGGUACAAAUUCAUUCUACGUUUGU